AGACGCUUUUCCGCUGCUAUUGAAUCAACCCAAUAUGUAGGUGACUGUCGCCUAUGCGUAGAAGGUCUAGAAGACCCAAUGAUCUGCUUUCAGGCGAGUUAAGCGAAUGCAGAGCAGUUCACCUGAAACGUGCUCCAUGUUUCAGUCGUGCGUUGGUGCAUCCAUGGAUGGUGGGGGUUUGCCAGCUGUUUGGCCCAGUCCAACAGUGCCCCUCCUUCUUCCCCCCGAACAUCACUCUUGACGAAGGUACCACGCAUUGUAUCACUGGUAAGCUCCUGCUCAUAAGCUUCAGCUUACGUCUACCAAUCCUAACCGCCAGUAGUCAUCUUCUAAACACAAUCCCUCUUUACAGCAAACAACCUAGCUGGAGCUCCUAAGUACCCCGCCUUCCAACACCACCGCCACCACACCAUACACAGCUCCAUCAUGGUCGACCGCGCGAACCGCCCCUCCAAAUUGAAUGCACCCGCAGCGUCUACUCCCGGAGCUCAGGUCGAUAUUGUUGGGCAAGGAGGAAGCCAGAAAGUUGUUGCGACGCUGCCCUCCGGUGAAAGCAUAGAGGUCCUGCUGUAUGGAGCUACGGUUACCAGCUGGAAGAGCAAUGGCGGAAAGACUGAGAACUUGUGGUUGAGCGAGACGGCCGACGUGACGGGAACCAAAGCUGUGAGGGGUGGUAUCCCUGUCGUCUUCCCAGUCUUCGGUCCCCCGCCCAAAUCAGGCCACGCCACAUCCUCGCUCCCACAACACGGCUUCGCUCGCACAUCACGCUGGGAGUUCUUGGGCAAGUCGACCGUCGAGGAUGCGCUCGAGUCCGACUCGGUCAAGCUUGACUUUGGCUUGGAUCGUCAGGGUCUCAGCGACGAGGCACGCAAAGCAUGGCCGCUCGAUUUCGGACUUGUAUACAGUGUCACGUUGAGCAAGGACAAGCUCCAGGCCGUCAUCACGGUGCGGAACGAGGGCGACGAGAGCUUCGAGUUUCAGUUCCUGCUCCAUACCUACUUCAAGAUCCAGGACAUUUCCAAAAUCGCUAUUACCGGCCUAUCCGGUACCGAGUACAUUGACAAGGUGCUCGACGCGACCACGCACACACAGUCUGACAACACCCUCAAGAUCACUGGCGAAGUCGACCGCGUCUACAAGGACAUCAAGCAAGAUACCACGUCGAUUACUGAAGACGGCAAGCCGCGCUUCGACAUCAUCCGCGACAAUGUCAAGGACACCGUCACCUGGAACCCAUGGAUUGAGAAGGCCAAAGCGAUAGGUGACUUCUCGCCGGAUGCGGGCUACAAGAACAUGGUCUGCGUCGAGGUUGGUGCUGUUGAUGGCUGGCAGAAGCUAGAGAAGGGUGAGGUGUGGGAGGGUGGUAUGCUUGUGAAGAGCUUGCUCUAGGUUACCAUGGGAUUCCAAGGGGAAGCACUUGGAGAAGAUUUGGAUAAGCACCAUCAUUGAAGACGGUUGUCAAAUGUAAAGGCAUCGCAGACAACAAUGCAAAUAUGGAUGCACAACGCAUGCCGAACAACCUCGAUAUUUAUGCAAUACAUUUACCAAGCGAGCACGAUGAACCGCUUCUCGGG